AUGGCUUCCACAAUUCGUUGCUGGAGUCACUACCAGGUGGUGAAGCUGCCGGCUGCCAGAACGCAGCCCAGGGGCAACAUCUGCCACAGUCAUGAGAUGUCGCGUUCGAAUCCUUGCGCUUGGACCAAGAAGUGGCACUGUCCCGCCUGGCAGGCAGCAGGUCAUGACUCCGAAGAUGACGGUGGCAUUGCGUACCACUGCUGCUGCCUGGAAAAGAGACCCAGGAGCAAGACCUUCCUGCCGCAUCCCUUCGUCAACGAGAACUUUCCAGCGCCUUCGCCCAUGAAAGCCCGCAUCAAGGUAGUGAGCUAUAACCUCGAGUGGUGGAGGGUCUAUGGAAAGUUGAAAGGAAAUGGAGGAUGGAACGGGCCGGGCUUUGGGUGA